CUCUCGGCCGAACUUUAUAUCCCCGUCAGCGCAAUUCGAAGACAAAGUUCCCAGUAUGGCCGAGAAAAGUGGUCUUCCGAUACUCGGAGUCUCCAUGGACCAUCACGAACGCAAUAAUUUAAUCAGAUAAGAUCAAGAUCUCCCCCUUCCCCUACUCUGUCCCUGUCAAUACGCCAUUUGCUUCUCACAAUGCUUCCCAACCUAUUUCUCUUCCUCAAAGCCAUCAGUGUCAUAUUCUCACUCGCAUUCUGGAGACUCAAAUUACGCAUUCGAGCCAGUAUCCACCAUUGGACAUAUCGAGCAAUCGCGGACCCCAAAAAUGUCGUUGUCAUAGGCGGAUCGUUCGCAGGCUUCUUUCUUGCCAAACAACUCGCACAGUCCCUGCCGACCGGAUACAGAGCCAUCGUGAUCGAGAAGCACUCCCACUACCAUUUCACGUGGAACUUUCCCCGGAUCUCUGUCAUCCCACACCACACCCAGAAUGCAUUCAUCCCAUACCCCACAAAGCCCUCCCUUACACCUGACGGAGCAUUCUCGUUUCGUCGAGGAAAAGUCGUUAGGAUCGAGACCAAUAAGGUGAUCCUAGCAGACGGCUCGUCCAUCCGAUUCGAGUAUCUCGCCAUCACUACCGGUUCGAAAGCCCGGUAUCCAGCUAAACUUGACGCGGAUGGCAAGGCAGAAUGUAUCAAGUUCUUCGAGGAGCGACAGGCGCGCAUCAAAGCCGCCGAGAGCAUCGUCAUCGUUGGUGGAGGAGCCGCUGGCGUCGAAUUAGCAGGUGACAUCAAGUCGAAGUACCCGCAGAAAAAGAUGACCCUGGUGCACUCUCGCAAGCAACUGCUGAAUAGCUUCGGGUCGGAUCUGCACGAAGUCGCCCACAAGACUCUUGAAGAGCUUGGUGUAGACCUCUGUCUCGGCGAACGUGUCGUUGCUGGCUUGGACAGCGAAGAAGAAGACUCUAAGGAAGUCAUCCUGCAAAGUGGCAAGAGACUCAAGUGCGACGCUCUGUUUCAAUGCACAGGACAAAGGCCUUGUUCAGACCUUACUAGAGACGCGUUUCCGUCCUCUGUGGCACCGAAUGGCUACAUCACCGUGAAGCCAACAUUCCAAGUCAAGGGUGCCGGAAAUGUCUUCGCUUGCGGCGACGUUGUCGACCUGCCUGGUCCGAAGCUAGGGCGCUCAGCUGCCAUGCAAGGCAUGUUCGUCGCGGAGAACAUCGUGCGGGCGAUCAAAGGCCAGCCACUGAGGACGUACACGUCGGGUAUCAUGGAGAACUCGAUAGAAUUGACUUUGGGCCUGGGCAAGAACGUUACCUACCUCAAUGACGGUUCGACAGGGAUGUGCUUUCCGAAGAAAGUCACGGACCUUGACAUGCACGCCGCGCAAAGCUGGAAAAUGCUGGACAUGAAGCCUUUCGAUGACCCAGGCAACGUGGACGACAAGGUUUUACUUGCUUGAGCAUGCUGUCGAUUCUUCCGCAUCACAGAAACGGCAGUAAUGAUCCCAGAUGGGGCGCAAAAAGAAGGAGGGCAAUGAAAGGUUUCAGGAAGGUGUC